CCAGAUCAGCGUCAGAGAAGAGAUAAUGCCCUCUGGCUGGAGAUAUGGGAGAGCCACAGGCGCUGAAAACCCGAAACCUUCCCCUUCACCAGAGCGUCCUGUGAAACCUCUAAAGGGACACAAGUGCGUUGCACAUCUCUGGCAGGAUAGACUGACCCCAGAGAAGCUGCUGUCCACAUUCUGGAGUUUUACUCAUCGGGCCUGGAUCAAGACGAAAGAUGCUCAAGGUCCUGGUGCUCGCUGCCCUUUUGGUGUCAACCUUAGCUCUUGACGCUUGGGUCGAGUUGAAAGUGGUCCCCGCUAGCUUCGAGAUCAAAAGGGGGAAACCGGGCGACACUGCCGUGGCAUGGGGAUCCUUCGACAACAAGAUCAACGAAACAGGGUUUGGUUUCCUCGAGAUCUAUACCAACGAGGUGUUCCCCGAUGAGUACCAGGCGUACGCCGCCGGUUUCCUGGAAGCCUACUUCACCAAAGACCUGAUCGCCAAGCACUUCAGCAACCAGUGGAGCGACUACUGCGACAAGGAGGUCGAGUACUGCAAGCGACUGUACGACUUUCUCAGCGCCAACCUUGACUUUAUGAACGAGCAGGCGGCAGAGUACCGCAAAACGGACCCCUACUGGCACCAGGUUGACUUGAUCUUGAAUCAGCUGGCUGGGCUGAACGACGGUCUGAAUCACACCAAGUUCUUCCCAAGCUACUCCUACGUUAACGUCACAAACCUCCUGCUUCUGAACGUGGACGGCGACUUGGAGGAUCUCGAGGGCGCGCUGAAGAGGACCGUGCUGCGGAAGGUGACGGGCAGCGGUUCCUGCUCGGCACUGGUCAAGGUGCUCCCCGGUGCCGAAGACCUGUACUUCUCCCAGGUCACGUGGUCGACGUAUGCGAGCAUGUUGCGCAUCCUCAAGAAGUACUCCUUCAAGUUCCACUCUACCUUCGGUUCCAGCGAACUUAUUCCAGGCCAUACUGUUACCUUCUCGUCCAGUCCAGGCAGAAUUUUCUCUGGCGACGACUUCUACCUGAUUUCUUCUGGACUCGCUACCAUGGAAACCACCACAGGGAACGGCAACUCUUCACUGUUCCGGUACAUAAAACCCACGACUAACCUCGAGUAUGUGCGCAACAUCGCCGCAAACCGCCUGGCAACGUCGGGUGAGGAGUGGACAGACAUCUUCAGCAGAUACAACAGCGGAACGUACAACAACCAGUGGAUGGUCGUUGACUACAAGAAGUUCACUCCAGGCCAGCCUCUGCCGGACGGGCUUCUCUGGGUCCUGGAGCAGCUUCCGGGCUACAUUUACAAGGAAGAUCUGACAAAGGUGCUGAGGAGGCAGACCUACUGGCCAAGUUAUAACGUCCCGUACUCUGAGGUUGUCUUCAACAUGAGCGGAGGACAAUCGGGCGUGGAGAAAUUCGGCGACUGGUUUACGUACGACAAGACUCCGAGGGCGCUCAUCUUCAAGAGGGACAACGGCAAGGUCGUCGACAUGCAGUCCAUGAUCAAGCUGAUGAGGUACAACGACUACACGAGGGACCCGUUGUCCGCCUGCAAUUGCACGCCGCCGUACAGCGCCGAGAACGCCAUUUCGGCGAGGAGCGACCUGAACCCUGCCGACGGAGUGUACCCGUUCGGUGCCUUGGGUCACCGAUCCCACGGAUCCACCGACAUGAAGCUGACCAACAGCAGCUUGUUCGCGGACCUGAUGUUCACCGCCGUCGGAGGCCCCACCUACGACCCGCUUCCACCUUUCCGGUGGAGCACGUCGGGUCUCAAGGACCGCCACGACGGGCAGCCCGACCUGUGGCAGUUCACGCCCUUCACCCACAAGUGGGGCUCGGGAAAGUAGGCCUCGGGGACAUCGUCAUAGGUCACGUGACGCGGAAAAAGCAGAUUCGCAAGAAGAAACUAAGCGAAAAAUGAAGAUGGUGAUUUUUGUUUAAUAAAUUGUGUUGUUUGUUUGUUU